CUUAAUAGCGGGGAAGAGAAAUUAAUAGGGAGUACUUAAUUGGAAUAUAUCUGCACGUGCAUUGCCAUUUUCCAAAAAAAUCGCGCCCUUCUAACGGAAAACGCAAAAUCCAAUUUGCUUUCUUCUAAACCAUCCUUUCAGUCAUUCACUCAUUUCCUGUGCCCCAUCUCAAAGCAGUCCACUUCUCUUCCCCACUAUUUCCCAAGUGUAAAUCUCUCUUUCGUUUGAUGUGAUCUGAGAAUUCUUUGUUUUCAGGGCAUAUACCUCCAGGUCAGAGAAACAGGAAGAAAUGGGAUCCAAGUUCAUAUUCUUAGCAAUUAUGUACUGGGGAUCUCUUUUCUGCUUGACUAGAGCCGAACCCAAUGAAGAUAAACAAGCACUUCUUGAUUUCAUUAAUAACAUCCACCACUCUAGGGAGUUGAAUUGGAAUGAGCAGGCAUUCGCCUGUCAGAGCUGGGUUGGAGUUACUUGCAAUCAUGAUAAGUCUAGAAUUAUAUCGGUCAGGUUGCCCGGGAUUGGAAUGGUUGGCUCAAUUCCUACAAAUAGCCUAAGCCGAUUGUCUGCGCUUCAGAUUCUGAGUUUGAGAUCCAAUCAUAUUUCUGGCCUUUUCCCUUAUGAUUUGCUAAAGCUUGAGAAUUUGACAAUGCUCUCUCUCCAAUCAAAUAACUUCCAUGGUCCUCUGCCGGCCAGUCUUUCUGUUUGGAGAAGUAUUUAUGUCUUGGACUUAUCGAAUAAUGCCUUUAAUGGGAGUAUACCAUCCGCCAUGACAGACUUGACGCACUUAACAGUUUUGAAUCUCGCGAACAAUACAUUCUCCGGUGAUAUUCCUGAUCUUAACCUUCCUAGCUUGCAGAUAUUAAAUCUUUCCCAUAAUAAUCUCACUGGGAAUGUGCCUCAAUCUCUAGAUAGAUUCCCUAAUUCAGCCUUUGCUGGUAACCAGCUUUCUCGAGAGAUCCUUUUUACUCCAGCUCCUUCUGUUCUCCCUCCUGGUUUUCUGCCAAACAAGAAGUCCAAAAAACUUAGUGAAUAUGUACUUUUGGGAAUCACAAUUGGAGUUUGUGGUUUGGGGUUUGUGGUAAUUUCCGUGUUGCUGAUUCUUUCCUGUUCGCGAAAAGAAGAUGAUAAUGGUAUUCCAGCAAAACCACUCAAAAGAGAUGAAUCUUUAAGCAAGGUAGCUUACAGAAAGACUCAGAACGAAAAAGGAAAUGUGGUAUUCUUUGAUGGUUGCAAUCUUUCAUUUGACCUUGAAGACUUGUUGAGAGCUUCUGCCGAAAUUAUAGGAAAGGGGACAUUUGGAACCACGUAUAAGGUAGCUUUAGAGGAUGCAACUACGGUUGUGGUCAAGAGAUUGAAGGAAGUAAGUGUGAGGAAGAGAGAAUUUGUACAGCAGAUGGAGGCCAUUGGGAAUAUCAAGCAUGAGAAUGUGGUUCCUUUGAGGGCAUAUUACUACUCCAAGGAUGAUAAGCUGAUAGUGCAUGACUACUACAGCCGUGGGAGCGUGUUUUCCAUGCUACAUUGUGAAAGCCUGAAAGGAAGUUUAUAACGGGUUGUCCUAUAACAUCACUAAAUUAGAGCUCAUAGACAAAACUAAAAGAGGUGAAGGAUGGAUUCCUUUAGAUUGGGAAACCCGAGUAAGAAUUGCCAUUGGUGCAGCAAGAGGCAUUGCUUACAUCCAUGGACAGCAUAGAAGGAUGCUUGUUCAUGGCAGCAUCAAAUCAUCAAACAUUUUCCUAAACUCUGAACAGUAUGGUUGCAUAUCUGAUCUUGGCUUAGCAAAGCUGAUAAAUCCGAUUGAUCCUCCACCGAUCAUUCGAACUGCAGGGUACCAUCCUCCAGACUCAAGAAAAGUUACACAAGAAUCCGACGUCUACAACUUCGGUGUCUUUCUGCUUGAACUUCUAACCAGGAAGUGCCCAGCAUACACCACAUGUGGCAACAAUGAGGUUGUUGACUUGGUAAGAUGGGUUCACUCUGUAGUUCGGGAAGAAUGGACUGCUGAAGUGUUCGACGUGGAGCUUUUGAAGUGUCCCAACAUAGAGGAAGAAAUGGUAGAAAUGCUGCAGAUAGGGAUGUGUUGUGUGGCUAGAAUUCCUGUGCAGAGACCAAAUAUGUCGGAUGUCGUGACAAUGGUGGAGGGAAUUGGAAGAAUGAAUACGGGGACACAGCCAUCAACAGAAGAUUCAACUCCCGUUUUGACUCCACCCAUGGCUGAUAUAAAAUCUUCAUACCCCCACUGAUGCAGUCUGUGUUCAUGUGUUCUACAUGAAACAUGUAUGGAGUACUUCUCAGUCAAUUUUUUUAUGUAUUGUUUCCCAUAUUACCUGUUCCAUUCUUAAAAGGUAUUUUUUUAGUUUUUCUUAUGUCAGUAUACAUGCCAACUUUGAGGGUCUGGUUGGAACUAAAAAAUGAUUGAAAAGUAAAAAGGUAGGAAAGUGAAAAUGUUUGAAGAAAAGAAAAUGUUGAUGAAAAUGAAACAUCUGUUUUGC